GUUGUCAUGUAUGCAAGUAUGUAAGACAGUAAUAAACCAGUUCUGAAGCAAGCCGGUCGUAUCAUUCGCUCCCAAACACGACAUUGGCUGACGAGUUGUGAUUUGUAAAGUUACCCGCGAGUUAAAAAAUAAAUAAAUAAAAUAUGUCGUUUCUAGGCAAAUUAUCGGUUUUCGACCACAAAACGGGCGAUUGGUUGAUUUUUAAGGGGAAGUUAACAAAAUUCCUGCUUUUGAAUUCCAUCGAGGAUGACAAUAAAAGUGCAGUGCUGUUAACAUACUUUUCGGAUGAGUCGUACCGGCUGUUACGUAAUCUCGUAUAUCCAGAUGACAUUGAAAAGAAAACGUACAAAGAAUUGGUUGACGUACUCGAUAAGCAUUUUAAACCCAAGCAGUGCUCGUUCGUCGAGAAGGCAAAAUUCUACGGUGCUACAAGAAGUCCUGGUGAAACCCUAGGUGACUGGGCGGCGCGAUUAAGGGGUCUCGCAUGCUACUGCGAAUUCGGUUCCGCCUUAGAGAUGGUUCUGCUGGACCGUUUCGUCCUCGGGUUGGGCAUGGGCCACGAAAGGGACAAGUUAUUUGAGCAAGAUUGUAAAAGUUUGACCUUCGCAAAGGCACUGGAAAUUGCGGAGAAGGCUGAGUGCGCACGCGAGGCAAAAAAGGUGGAUACAUCUGGCGCUGAUGUGAUAGUGAAGCAGGAGCCGGUGUUUCGGGUAGGCAGCGACGGGAGGUCGAGCGACGGGCCCGACCGCCGCGCGCCCGGCCGCGCAACCUCGGGCUCCAGUUCGAAAUAUCAGCGCGAUAGCGAUGUUCCUCGUUGUUUCGUAUGUGGAAUGAAAAAUCAUAAUAGUGAUAAGUGUCGCUAUAAAAGUUUGCGUUGCCAGAAGUGUGGUGAAAAAGGGCAUUUAAAGAAAGUGUGUAAAGUUCGGGUUAAUUGUGUGGAAACUCAAGGACAAGAUUCGGAUACUACAUGUCAAGACUGUAAGGAAUGUGAACUCUUUAACCUAAGGUUCCCAGAAUAAGCGUGGGAGGAGUGUCAUGUAUGCAAGUAUGUAAGACAGUAAUAAACCAGUUCUGAAGCAA